AGCUCGCCUCUCCUAUUGUUCUCAAUUCUCCUCCCGAUUGAUUCCUGGUAAUUCACGAUGGCAGAAAAUAUAACGACAAAAACUGAUUUCCAGGAAUUCCUUCAUAAUGGCAUUCGCUUUGUCUCACCGAUCCAUUCAGUGGAGCAGUUGGACUGGGCAAAUGAAUACAAAGUGCUUCAAGAUGAUGUGUUCAUUAUUACAUAUCCCAAAUCUGGAACCACUUGGAUGCAGCAGGUUGCAAGUCUGAUUUUAGGCAACAAUGAUAUCGAUUCGGUAAAAAACAAAUCUGUCUACGAGAGAGCCCCCUGGGUGGAAGAUUGUUUGUUUCAACGCAGGUUAGACAGUCAAACUGAGCCUCAGCUGCUGACAACCCAUUUAAACUAUCAAAUGAGUCCAAAUGCCUUGAAACACAACGUAGGAAAGGUCAUCUAUGUUGCCAGAAACCCCAAGGAUGUGAUUGUGUCCUCGUAUUACUUUCACAUUUACAGUCAGUUCCUGAAGACUCCCGAAAACUUUGAACAGUUCUUGAAGCAGUUUGUGGAAGGAAAUGUGUUGUAUGGGCCUUGGUUUGAUCACGUUAGAGACUGGUACAGCCACAAGGAUGAACCCAACAUGCUGUUUGUAACGUUUGAGGAGAUGUUUAAAGAUGUCAGAGGUGUGAUAGAAAAAGUUGCAAAUUUUCUCGGCAAACAGUUGGAUGGAAAGAGUGUAGACUCCAUCAUUAGCUGCUGCACCUUUAAAUCCAUGAAAGAAAACCCUGCAACCAACUACCAAUGGGUAUCCAGGACCAUUUUCGAUCACAAUCGUGGUACCUUUUUAAGAAAAGGGACUGUUGGAGAUUGGAAAAAUCAUUUCCUCGUGGCCCAGAAUGAAUGGUUCGAUUCCAUCUGCAAGGAGCGGAUGGCGGACAUUCCUGUGAAGUUUUACUGGGACAUUCCUGAUUUACUUUCUUCAUAAUACAGUGGAAGCCAAGUAAGCCCAGUGUUGGUUAACCCACGAUGUCAGGUAAACCAGACAAGAUACCCGCCUCCCGAUUAAUUUGUAUCUUUACUUAGUCCAGUGGGAACGGGAAUGGGAGGGAGGAGACACCUCAAAACUCUCUAAAAGGAACUCAAGAAAACAUUGAAAGCCAUUUCACAAGCGUAUAUUUGAUAUAAUCCUUUGACCUUUGCUAAUAUCUGAAUUCUACGCACACUGGAACGUGUAACAUAAUUCAAAUAAAACAUAUAUG